AUGGGAGCUUGCACAUCAACAAAAAUAAAAAGAUACGAGAUUAAUAGAACUUUAAUGCCUUAUAAAGUUCAUAUUGUAGCAGUAAUUUGGCCAAAGAAUUAACAUAAUUUAUUCGACUUUGACUCCAAUUCAUAUUUUGUAAAAGAAAUCGAAGUUGAUUUUUCAUGUAUUUUGUUUAGAAUUACAUCUUUAGCUUAAAUAGCAAUAGUGGACAAAGAACUACUGGCAUUAACCUAAACUGAAUGGGCUCGGAAUUAGAUUGAAUUGGUGAAUAUCACUUUGAAUGAACAGGAAGCUUAUAUUAACUGUAUAUCUCAAUAGCAAGAUCAUAAAUUAUGGGCAGUAUUGAAAUUAGAAAGCAAUUAAUUUUCAUCCAUCGAUCAUAGAGAUUUAAAAAUAGGAGACAUUAUAAAAUUAGGAAGAGUGAGAAUGUAAUUGUUGGAAUAUGCAUUUAUGGCGCCAUGUGAUGAAGCAACACAAUAUUAAGAUGAAUAGGAAGACGAAGUUUAAACAAUAAACGAUGUGUUUAACUGUAGGAUUUGCUUUUCAAGUAGAGCAACUGAAACAAAUCCUUUGAUAAGACCUUGUAAGUGUGGAGGAUCAGUUAAAUACAUACAUUUGGAGUGUCUGUAAAGAUGGGUGGGAAUACAAUUGAAAAUUAAACAAGGAGAGCAUUCUAUAUAAUAUCUGUGGAAGAGAUUGGAUUGUGAAAUUUGCAAGGCUACAUUUAGGAACACUUACAAAUUUUAAGAUAAGACAUAUUCGGUUCUUAAAUUGCCAAAACCAAAAUCAUCUUAUAUCACUUUCAAAAUCACAAAUGACGAUAAAACAAAAGAGGCUAUGAUCUAUGUAGUAGAGAUCGGUGAAAAAACUGAAUUAAAAAUAGGUAGGAUUCCAGAUUGUGAUAUCAAAUUAAGGGACAUAUCUGUAUCAAGGGCACAUGCUAUUCUUAAAUUGAUCCCUACAAGCAAACAUAUUCAAGACAACAAAAGCAAAUUUGGUACUCUGGUUCUGGCCCAAGAUCAAGAUAUACUGAGAAUACCUGAUGAAGGAACCCAACCUAAUGUCUUAUUCUAAACUGGAAGAGUCUUACUUUAAUGCACCAAGAAAAAGAAGUAAAAUUAAAAGUCAAGUUACAAACAUCCUGAUAAUAUCACACUGACAUUAAACUAAACGAAAUAACAAUUUGAAUAGCAGGAAGUAUAAGAAUCAUUCGUUACUCAUGACGAACUUAUGGCUAGUGAUAUUAUUUUAAAUAACUCUCAGCCUUUGUAAUAGCAAUAAUGUAUUGGAUUUGAUGUGAAAGAAGAUAGUAUUUGCGAUGAACGAUGAUACAUAAAUAAUUUUUGAAUAUUGCUUGAUUUAAUAUAGGAUUAAUCUUUAUUAUAGAUGUAGGAAAUUAUUAA